CGCUUCUCUCUCUUCCUUUUUUUUUUUGGUAAAAAAAAGAAGAUAAACCUCUAUUUCCUUGGCCAUUUUCAAGUAACCAAAACUUUGGACAACAGUUUUGGUUUUUAACUGAAGCGAAUUCGGGUGUUUGUCGGCAGAGGGAUCUGGUUGUUCAUAAAGUUUGAAUUUGGCGGCGUGGGGUUUUCAUUCCAUUCGGCCUAAAGUUUUUCUUGCAUCAUUUGGCGUAGAGGGAUUUUUUUCCGUAUUGGUUCUUCGAAAUUCAGGAAAAUUUUCAGCUGGGUAUUCAUAAAAAUUCAGAAUUUUCUAGAGCUCCCUAUCGCAUUCCGCUGGACGGCGUGAUUCGCAAGAGGUGAAAUAUUUUCCUGUCCGGGCGAGAUUCGCUGAACGGAGCCGACAAAUUACCGAGGAAAUCCAGAGAAGCUUUUGAGAACCGGGCGAUCCUGAAGUUUCAGAAUCUCUUAUCAGGUAGAACAAGCAUGGCGCCCGCCCGAAACGGGCCUCUGUAUCCAGUUCUAGGGUUUCUGGUAUGCGCAAUAUUCAUCUACCUGUCGUUUGGGGAUCUAUGGUUCGAUUACAAGGCGGAGCCGGAGUUAGGUUUCGUGAAACGAAACGGGACACAGUUUGUGGUGGAUGAUAAGGUCUUGUAUGUAAAUGGAUGGAACUCGUAUUGGUUCAUGGACCAUGCCGUGAAUGAACAUAGCAGAUACCUUGUCAGUGGAAUGCUCGAAGCCGGGGCCAAGAUGGGUCUUACUGUCUGUAGAACAUGGGCCUUCAAUGACGGAGGCUACAAUGCUCUGCAGAUCUCUCCCGGUCGAUUCGAUGAGCGAGUCUUCAAGGCAUUAGAUCAUGUAAUUGCCGAAGCUAGGAAGCAUGGUAUAAGGUUGCUUCUUAGCCUGGUCAAUAACCUGCAAGCAUACGGAGGCAAGACUCAGUAUGUCAAGUGGGCAUGGCAGGAAGGUGUUGGCCUGAGCUCGUCUAAUGAUUCAUUCUUCUUCGACCCUUCUAUCCGUAGAUACUUCAAGAAUUAUUUGACGACUCUGCUCAACCGCAAAAACACUGAAACUGGAAUUGAGUACAGGGAUGACCCCACCAUCUUUGCUUGGGAGCUGAUAAAUGAACCUCGCUGCAUGUCUGAUGUAUCUGGAAACACACUCCAAGACUGGAUAGACGAAAUGUCAGCAUUCAUAAAAUCGAUUGACAGCAAACAUCUUCUGACUGUAGGCCUGGAAGGGUUCUAUGGUCCCGAUAACCCCAAACGGCUGACUGUGAACCCGGAAAGGUGGGCGUCUGAGCUCGGCUCAGAUUUCGUCCGGAACUCUGCUUCGAGUAACAUCGAUUUCGCAUCAGUUCACAUCUAUCCUGAUCACUGGUUUCAUGAUAAGGGUUUCGAAGAGAAUCUGAAAUUCGUGAAGAAGUGGAUGAUGUCUCACAUAGAAGACGGGGACAAGGUACUGAAGAAGCCAGUUGUGUUCACGGAGUUUGGGCUGUCGAACCUGAACAAGGACUACGAGCCGUCCCAAAGGGACAGGUUUUACAGGGAAAUCUUCGAUGUGAUCUACAAGUGCUCAAAGCGAAAUCGGACAUCGUCGUCGGCUGCAGGCACUUUGGUCUGGCAGCUGUUGAUGGAAGGGAUGGAUGGGUUCAACGACGACUUUGGGAUUGUGCCGUGGGAAAGGGAAUCCAUUCACAGGCUGAUGAUCGAGCAGUCUUGCCGGUUGGGGCGUCAUCGGAUGGAUAAGAAGUUGGAACAAGUGUGUUCUCGUGGACAAUGAGACAAGUAAAAGAACGCCGUUUCUUUUAUCUGAAUGUUGUGGAUACUUACGUAUUUUAUACGGAGUUGUUGUUGCGAUAAAGCACAAAACGCCCACGACACAGCAGAGUAGGAUUCACUUCACAUCACCGAAUCGAAACAAGUCAUUGUGAGCUUUAUGGGGAUCUCUUAAGCAUGUCCCAUACUCAUCGUGAGCUAUAUUGUAUUCUUUAUCAAAGCAAGAUAUUUAAGAUAAUAAAAGUUUUUUUUUUUUUACAAAAUGGAAAAGGG